UGCAUCCUCGAAGAUGGAGAGCAUCAGAUAGACCAUUAAAAAAAAUGCAAGCAAAACAAAAAACGACGCCACAGUAAAAUCUAGUUAUCAGUCGGAGUCUCUUCGCCUCUGCGCCUUUGUUCACUUGGCUCCUGCUCGUGCGCAGCGUUUUUUUUUCUUCUCCCGCACUGUAUUUAUUUAGGGAGACUUUUUUUAAUCAGCAGCCGGUCAGCAGCCUCCAUCCCGCGUCCGUGUGCGUCACGUCGCGGGGUCUCAGAUCUCUGCAGCGCAGGAUUGGUUUAAAGGGAAACCAUGGGGACGCGCUGCUCGCCGUGGAUCCUGACUUACACGCCGCAUUCACAGUCCACGCGCAUCACCGUGCUCGCAGUUUGAGCGCGUGGUUUUAUUUUUUUUUCCCUUUUACCGACUGGGAUGGUGUCAGUGCAGUGAGUGACGGGACCCGCAGCGACCGGACUGAGACGGACCGGACAACACAGAGAGAGAGAGAGAGAGAGAGAGAGAGAGAGUGAGAGAGAGGUCGAAAGGGGACAUAUUGAUAAGAAGGAAUUAUGGCGCUCGCCGCGCUCGCGCUUUUUCUGCUCGCGCUCACCUGUGCGAACUUUUACCUGGCGCGCGCGAGCCGGCAUGCGGUGCACUGGAACAGCUCCAACAUCCAUCUGCGGAGGGAAGGGUACACGCUGAAGGUGAACGUGAAUGAUUACCUGGACAUCUACUGUCCUCAUUACAACGUGAGCCAGCGGGGCGUGGCCGAGCAGUACGUGCUGUACAUGGUGAGCUACCGUGGCUACCGCACGUGCGACCCUCAGCUCGGCUUCAAGCGCUGGGAGUGCAACCGUCCGCACGCGCCGCACGCGCCCAUCAAGUUCUCCGAGAAGUUUCAGCGCUACAGCGCCUUCUCGCUCGGCUACGAAUUCCACGUGGGCCACGAGUAUUACUACAUCUCCACGCCCACUCAUCACCAUGGCCGCAGCUGCCUGAGACUGAGAGUGUACGUCUGCUGUUCAACAGCAGCAGAUGCAGAGGAUGAAGCACAGCCUACAGAGCCAGAUUACACUCUAAGACCUAACAUGAAAAUUGAUGACCUCGAUGAUUACGACAACCCUGAGGUCCCAAAACUGGAGAAGAGCAUCAGUGGCAGCAGUCCAUCCAGGGACCAUCUCCUCCUCACAGUAGCCACGCUCUUCCUCAUUGCCCUCUCCAUCUCCUAGCACUCGCCUCCAGGAAGUGGUCAUGCCGCCGAAGCCUAGAGGACUGCAGGGGCGGGAUGUGGAAGAGAGGAAGAUGAGGACGAUGGAAGGACAAGCGUUUAAAAACCAGGAGAGGAACGGAACAGCGGGAACAGGACUAGCGGGACGCUAAGGCCUUCUUUUGUUCUACAUGAGUGGAACAUGACUUUACAAUGACAACUUUGCCAAUCAGCUCGAUCCAUACUGUCUGAAAGCGUCCGUGUGUGUGUGUGUGUGUGUGUGUGUGUAGCUGAAUGACUGUUCACACACAUGCUGUUUGCAAAUCAUUCGUGCGAAAUCCUCCACUCAGUUUAAUUAUUUACUUUAUUAACUAAUGAAUGGCCGCUUAGCGAUGAAGUUGAAUUGAUGCUCAAGAUGAAUGAUGCAUUAACAUUCAAGUCAUUAUGGAUCAUUAACAUAAAGAUUGUUUAUGUAAAACAAGGCUGUGGUAAAUGACACGUGUGCAUCUUAAGCAGCACCUAAAGAGCUUCAUUGUCGAUUCAGUUCAGCGUCCGUCUCUCUCUCUCUCCGUCUCUCUCUCCGUCUCUCUCUCUGUCUCUCUCAUUCUGUCUCUCUCCAUCUCUCUGUCUCUGUCUCUCUCGCUCCGUCU